AUUUACAUAUCUCUUACAAAUACAGUCAUAUAAAACAAAUGCAUUUUUCCAUCUCUUACUUUUUCAAACUUUUACUUUUGAUUACUUUUAUCUAUACCUUAUCUACAGCUUCCGCAGCCAGUAGCAGUAGUGCUAAGGGAGUAAGGGAAGCCAGGCCUCGCCAGUUUAGAAUGCAAAUCUUCUCCCGGCCUUAUAGCAAGGGCAAUGUACAAACUAUCCGAGCAAUCAAUGGUGCUUCUUCGCCAUGCUGGAAUUUGUCUUCAAAAAGAGUCGGCUCUUAUGAGCUGAAUGAUCCAUUAGUCAAAGUCACAUUUUAUAGAUCAUCUGACUGCAACGGAGCACCUUCAGCCACUUACUAUAACCAGCACUCUUCAAAACAAAGCCACAUUUCAAUCAAGGCCAGAUCCGUGUCUGUUCUCAAAGUAAAGCCUGUCAUAUUAAAAGAACAGCACAAGGACCUUUAAAAAAUUAGCUGAUUGAAUGAAUAGAAAUUUCAUAAAGAGCUGCCCAUUUAAACGGUGUAGAAUAUGUAAAUAGAAAAUCCCUGAAUAAAUUAACUCCAUAUAAUUAAAUAAAAGCCAAUAAUAACCUGUUAAAA